CCUCCACUAAGCAGACAGAGCCCCGACAAAGCAAUGGCUUCCUCACCAGAAACCUGCAAGAAACUUCAUGCUGUCUUAGUCCCAUUCCCAUCACAGGGCCACCUAAACCCAUUCCUCAAGCUAGCAAAGCUCCUCCACCACACAGGCUUUCACAUAACAUACGUCAACACAGAGUUCAAUCACACUCGCCUCCUCAACUCCAAAGGCUCCAGCGUUCUUGAAAAUCUGCCGGAUUUUUGCUUCGAGACCAUCCCAGAUGGGUUGCCUCCUUCCGACAGUGAUGCCACGCAGAGCAUUCCAGCUUUGUGCGAGUCGACGAGGAAACACAGUUUGGUCCCAUUUCGAGAGCUGCUUGCGAAGCUUAAUAACAGUUCAGUUGUUCCUCCUGUUACUUGUGUUAUUGCAGAUGGGGUGAUGGCUUUUACCCUCGAAGCUGCUCUAGAGAUUAAUGUCCCUUAUGUGAUGUUUUGGACAUUUGGGGCUUGUGGAUUAUUGAGUUUGAAGCUCUCUGCGGAUUUAACACACAGGGGAAUCACUCCUUUCAAAGAUUCCAGUUACCUGACAGAUGGAAGUUUAGAAACCCUGGUGGAUUGGAUGCCGGGCCUGGAAAACUUUCGAUUCAAGCACGUCUCAAGCUUCAUUCAAACGACGAAUCCAAAUGAUUACAUGUUACUCUUUAUUAAGGGAGAAAUUGAGGCAAUCUCAAAAGCUUCAGCUAUCAUUCUGUACACGUUCGACGCCUUAGAACGCGAUCUCUUGGACACCCUGGCGCCGUUGUUCCCCCCAAUUUACGCCAUCGGCCCUCUUCAACCGCUUGUCGAUCAAAUUUCAGCUAAAACUGCAGUAUCAUCCAUGGACUUCAGCCUCUGGAGAGCGGAUGAGGAAUGCAUGGAGUGGCUGAGUUCCAAAGAGCAAAACUCCGUUAUUUACGUCAACUUUGGCAGCAUUGCCGUUUUAACACCAAGUCAAAUUCAAGAAUUGGCACUGGGGCUGGCAGAGAGCAAGAAGAACUUCUUGUGGAUACUCAGGCCUGAUUUGAUCAAGGGAAAUUCAGGCAUUCUGCCGCCUGAUUUCACUGCUGAGACUAAAGACAGGGGCCUGAUCAUGAGCUGGUGCCGGCAGGAGAAGGUCCUGAACCACCCAUCCAUCGGUGGAUUCUUGACACACUGCGGGUGGAACUCGGUAGUCGAAGGUAUAACGGCUGGCGUGCCGUUUUUGUGCUUGCCGCAGGCCACAGACCAGCCUGCUAACUGCAGGUCUAUUUGCGGUGAGUGGGGGAUUGGCUUGGAAAUUAGCAAGAAUUUCAAGAAAGAAGAAGUUGGAGCGGCUGUGAGGGAGUUGUUGGAAGGUGAGAAUGGGAGGGAGAUGAAGAAGAGAGCAAUGGAUUGGAAGAAACAGGCUGCAGAGGCCACUGCUAGUCCUCAUGGUUCAUCUUUUCUGAGUCUUGAGAGAUUGGUGAAAGAAGUGUUGCUUAAGUGAGCGUCGGUGCAAUUAAAUCAAUCACAUAUAAAGAAUAAUCACUUUAUUAAAGUACAAUUUAGGUCCGAUCAAACCUGAUUUUGGUUAAAAAUUUCCCCAGAGUGAUUUUUGAUGAAAUGUGUGAUGGCUAGUGGAACUUGAAAGCUCCAUAUGGAUUUGUGCAUUUGAUUGUCACAAAAUAAUGAGUUAUAUUAUCAAUAAGUUACAAAAACUUGCAAUUAGCCCAUAA